CAUCAACAGAUAGGAAACAGGUGUGUGUAUGUUGCUCUACAUAGUAUAUUAACUCGGCUGUGAACAGGAACUAGGCCACUCAGAACCGAUAACAGGACUCCUAAUAGCUACAGCAAAACAACUAGUUUUGAUCAUGAUGUUUGUCUGGUUUUGUGUUUUGGUUUGUGCUUUCACCGGUCGCUUUGUAACCGAGCAACAGCCGUUGCUUGUCCCAGAAGAAGUCCCGGUGACCGACGCAGAGGUUGUAGAAUCAGCACGGUUUGCUGUGGUUGAAUUCAACAAAGCCAACACGGAAUACAUGUUUAAUUACAAAAUUGUGAAAAUAACAUCGGCCAAAAUUCAGAGUAUCGCAGGAUUUGUUCCAGCAUCUUACUACAUCCUAGAAAUACACCUGCGACGUACAACGUGCAAGAAAGGCAACACUGCUGCUAGGAAAUGUCAUUCUCCCCGUGAACCCAAGGAACUCAAGUGCCAAUUCACCAUUUAUUACUCUUUGGGACAUCCACGUGCACUUUCUGAAAGCGAGUGUAAAACAUGUCACCACUGAUUCUGAUAUUGUGAAUUAAACUUACUAUUGAAUUGUU